AUCAGAGCUGGAAUCUAAUUUUGAUGUCCUACGGAGGAUUGCACUGUACACGCGUGGACAUGCAAAGUGUAAACUUUGAUGUGGUAGCCUAUUUGUUCUGUUUAUAAACCUUUGAUUUAUUUGAGAAAAUAACCCGCAGAGAGGAAUUAAGCUAUCUUUACCGGAAUAAAUGAGAGAAUUCAGAGUGGGACCUGUGAAAAACGGGAGUUUCUCAUACACUUUUAGCCGGAGGACUGCGGCUGGAACGAGAAUGCUGAACAGAACCUUUGUAGUGCCCCCUUGUGUGCAGGAGGAAUGACAGCGCCCCCUCGAUGAGAGCCAUGGAGCUGAAAGUGUGGGUGGACGGAGUGCAGCGGAUCGUAUGUGGUGUCACAGAGCUCACCACAUGCCAGGAGGUGGUCAUCGCUCUGGCCCAGGCCAUUGGGCGUACUGGCAGGUACACGUUGAUCGAGAAAUGGAGGGAGACGGAGCGCCACCUAGCACCACAUGAGAACCCAGUAGUGUCCCUCAACAAGUGGGGCCAGUAUGCCAGCGACGUGCAGCUGGUCCUCCAGCGCACAGGACCCUCCCUCAGUGAACGCCCCAACUCCGACGGGUCGGCCCGCGUACCGGAGCGUGGCCUCUACCGCCAGAGCCUACCCCCACUGUCCAAGCUGCGCCCGUCGGCGUAUGACCGCUCACUCAAGCGCCGGGAGCCCAAGCGCAAGUCCCUCACCUUUACGGGCGGGGCCAAGAGCCUGAGGGAUAUCUUCGGGAAGGGCAGAGACACUGAAACCAGGCAGCAGCAGCAGGGCAAGAGCGUGGCGUCCGUGCCGCCCAGUCCGUCCCGCGAGCUGGCGCGCCUGGUCCGGCUGCAGAAGGACAAGCUCCAGCACCUGGAGAGUCGACUGCAAGGCUGCGAGGCAGAGCUACGGGGCUGCGAUGGCAGCGGCGUUUCCGUCGAGGGUCAGGAUUGCAGCUUCACACCAGACGAGGAGCUGGUACGUCUGGAGCAGCAGCUCCGGAGGAAUGAGGUAGAGAUGUCGGAGGAGGAGUUCUGGCAGAACGAACUGCAGAUCGAGCAGGAGAGCGAGCGGCAGUUGAGGGACCAGCUCCAGGAGCUGACCGGACGGGUGAGAGAAUGCGAGGCCCGGCUGGGGGAGUACCUGAGCCGAAUCCAGAGCAUGGAGGCCGGCCUGGAGCAGGAGGCGGAGCAGAGCAGGCAGGUGGACGAGGAAGAGGCCCGGGUCCAGCUGGGGAAGGUGAGGGCGGAGCUAGAGCAGCAGGCUCAGCACACGAUGUGGCUAGAGAGCAGCUGCAGGGCUGUGGAGCGCUCACUGGGACAGUCCAGCAAGAAACUACAGGAAAAGGAGCACGAGUUGGAGCAGCUGACCAAGGAGCUCAGGCAGGUGAACCUUCAACAGUUCAUCCAGCAGACUGGCACCAAGGUCACCGUGCUACCAGCCCAGCCCAAUGAUGAGGGAAACAAUGCAGACAUUCAGUCAGGCUCACUGAAACGACUGGGCUCCUCCCGUCUUCUCCCCAGUGACCUCCGGGCUCUGCAGAGCCCAGUGUCUUCAGGCCUCAACCCUGAAGGCAUUUAUGUCUGACCCCUGACCUUUACCUCCUGCUGGCAACCAUCAAUGGCACUCUGCGUGAGUUAAGGCGACUUCUUCCUUUGAGGAUCCACUCCUUAUCAUCUCCAUUUAACCUCCAGCCUGUCCUGCCACAAAGUUCUUAUUCCUUUGUACUAGCUGAACUUUGACCUCCCUCUCCCAUAAGAACACGGAAGACCCCCAAUGUUGUUUUGUCAAGACAGAAGCUGCGUAUAUUUGCCUCAUUUCGGCAGAAGUGGCCGACAGCUGAAGAACUCAACCAUAUCCUUUGCUAUCGAUCAUGAAUGUUUAAUGUACAGAAGGCCUGUUUUCAAACAGAAUGUCACUGUUUUACCCCUACCUCUGUGCACUUCAGUAUUUACUCUCAAUGAUCUACAAGGACUGGCUAGAUUUUACAAAAUAUGGUAUUAAAACCACUUAGCAAUCUGUGUUUAUCAAAUGGCCAACUAAUGGAAUUGUGAAGUGCAGAACACCAUGACAAUUAAAGGGAUAGUUCUAUUUGUUUGUGAUUUUGGAUAAUUUCGUUACUACCCAAAAUCCAAAAGAUGAAUUGCCAUCUCUGGAUGCAGUUUGAAGUAAUUUGUAGCAUUUGGCUUGCUUAGUACCCCCGCUGGAUGUCUUUAGUGGACAUUAGCUGCCUCCUCCGAACCAGAAGAAAAAAGUUAUUCUAACUGCUCAAAAGCUGGUUUGUCAUUUAUGGUUAUACUCAGUAUUUUAUGAAUGUGGUACUGAUGAUCCAAAGAAAUUCUACUUCUACUGUACCAUAUUGUCAUUCACAUUAUCGUGCUAAUGUUACCAUCUAGUGCACGGGUGUCAAACCGAUUCCGCUGAGGGCCUAGAGUAUGCUGGUUUUUGGUUUUUCCAUAAAUGUGCUUCCCAGUUCAGACCUAAACAACCAGGUGAGGGUAGAACCUAACCAAUUAGUGACCUAAUUCAUCAAGUACAAGGGGAGAGCAAAAACCUACAGACACACGGCCCUGCGUGGAACCGGUUCAACACCAGUGAUCUACUGUAUGGGAUGACAUCAGGUUCCUCAACAUCCCUGUUUAAUUGGAACCUGAAUGUACUGAGGAGAUACUUGUGCAGUUAGACACUGCGGAGGCACAAGGGGUGUCUGAAUCUGCAACAGAGCCAGGAGACCAGGUGGCUUGAACUUGGGGAAUUCUGUCCCACAGCACCAAUGUUGAUUGUGCAACCACUUUUGAGUAGUUAAAAGCAUUUUGUCCUCUGGUUCACUAAGGAGCCAGGUAGUGUCUACCAAAGACUUUAAGCAGUAGGGCUGAUCCAACAAAAUGCUACAAUCUACAACUUUCUUAAAACUGCAUGCAGAGAAACAAAAGGAAUACAAUAUUUUGUCUGACUUUGGUUAAGUAGGAAUUCAUACAAAAUGACAAAAUAAAGAAAUAUCCCUUUAAUGGAGACUAACUAUUAAACAACUUUUUAAAUGGUUCCUCGCCCCUGUAAGGAGUCCUAUGGCCAGAAAAUUUUGCAUUACAUAAUGAUAGCAUUUUAGUAAAAACACCGGCCCAAAGAUUACAUUUAUGUGAAAUUACGCUAGACAGCUAACAAAAAAUCCUACAUUUCAUACCUCAGAAAUCUGCAGAUACAUUUUUUCUUGGCCCACACACUGAUUUCAGGGUGAGGAACCGUCUUAAAAUAGUGAAUUCUUCUUAGUUUAACUGUUGUUUCUGGCCCUGGACGACCCAAAGGAAAUCCAGAUGCUGCAACUAAUGAUCUAUCUGAGAUCAGACCAGAGUUUAGUUGAAAAGGUCUUAAGGGCACAAAAUCAGAUGGUCAUGUGUUAUAAGGUGGGGGGGGGUUCAACAUGACCAGUCGUAAUGUUGUAAUCUGAGGGUCAAACUAAAUAAUUCCAACCUCCAAAUGGUGCAGUGUGCACUUAUAUUAUUUGGUGAAUGUAAACGCAUCUGUAUGGAUUAACUGAAGCCUAUAGCUGACUAAUUAUUUUGUAGUGUAAAAGUGGAUCCAAGAAGAGGGAUUCGCCUGGCAUGGAGGCCAAGGGCAGGCUAGAGGUGUUGGUGGUGGGGGCGUGGGGUGUCUUUUUUUUUUUGGAAGCUUUUAUUUUUGAAAUUUAGAACAACAUAAAUCACAGCUUUUUAAACUGUUUGCUGUAUUUAAGGGGGCUCAUGUCUCAUUCCUGCACACCCCCCCUCCCCGCCCCCCCUCCCCGCUGAUCUGUAAUUUGCACACUGAGAAGGGAGACAUUUAAUUUUUUACUAAUAUGGGCAACCUAGUGUGAGACCUGAAGUGUAUAGCAUAGUCAUAUCCAAAUGCCUUAUUUAUACAAGUAUAUUUCUGUUCAGAUGUACUUCAAGAAAAGUAAAGGCUGUUAAGAUGGCAGAUAGUCAUGGCAGCUAUGCUCCAGGAAUCAAAUACACCUUUGUGAAAUUGUGCAUCAUUAUUUUUUAUUAUUAACUUUGUUGGGAUUAGAUGGCAAUAGAAAAUAAUCUGGACUAUGGCUGGCCAUUGAGUGUCAGAAUCCAUCACACAAACCAUUUAGCUAAGCUCUCUCAGUAUUGAUAUCAUAUGGGGAUGAUGCAUGCAAAAAUGUUACAUUAUGCAAUUUCUGUGGUUACUCACUUUCAUCACUUGGAAUCUUUCAGUAUGCUCUAAGUUUAUCUGUGCACUUUUACUUUGGAAGUCUGUUGACAUUUUACAAAGCAUGUACGAUUUUUCUUUUUAAAGAUCAUGUCUUGUUUUCUCUCUCUAUCAUUUUAACCUCAUGAAGAACUGUUCUUUAGGAGGUUACAAAUGAAUUGUCUUACAUGGCUAAUCGUUUUUAUGAAAUUAAAAGAUGUCUCACAUGAACCAAAGCAAGUUAGACAAUGUGGUAUGUAGCAGUCAGUCUAAAUGUACCUAAUUUGUUAAAACAGAACAUGCUCUGUAAAUAGUUUUAAGGGGGCCACUUUCUCUGCCUCCACUUUAAUAGUGAAGGAUUUGUAAUGAUAUUGGACUCUGAAUGUCUCUGGCAAUAGGUUGUACAACUGAAUGUGUCUCUAGGUCUAUUCAUGGACGCACACCACACUCAGACUAAAUGCUUGUUUCGCUCAGUAUUAUUGAUGUCCGGCGUUGCCAAAUGAAGGUUGAGCUGUGUCAGAACUGUAACCUACUAAAACCAUGGCUCUUAACAAUGUACACAGCAGAGACUAUUAGCAUGCCUUACUGAAAAACUGUAAAUAAUCACUACAUUAUAGUAUAGAAUAUUUUAAAAAGUAAUUUUAAAUAAUGCACAAUGCUUACAAAGACAAUAGUUGUACUAAGAUUACUUCACUUUUUUUUUCUAUACUGCUACUUUAUGGACCGAUUGGUGCAUGCACUGAUGGCUUGGUUUCAUUGAGCUUUUUCUAUUGUUUAAAUGACCAGAGGCAUAUGGUGAAAGUGUAAUGUGUAUUACAUUCUUCCACACGGUGUCUGUCACUGCAUGCCUCUAUCUGACUUUUACUGUGUCAUGUCUUGGGCCUAGAUCAGUUAAUUCACUCACAUAUGAUGUCAAGGAUACUGAAAUGCAAACUGUUAACACGUAUGGGUUUUUGCCCUAAAAAGUGCCCCCGAUUUGGUGCUUCUUUGGCACAACCUGUCAAUACAAGCCCAAAGAUGCAAAUUAAAAUCUUAAAUCUAAUCUACGCUAUGCAUUAUGUUUCUAUUAGAAUUGUUGUUAAAUUUUGCACCCACUUGAGCAUGGGUUCUCAGUCUUAAGAGGUGGUUGUUGUUAACAUGAUGCCUAUGAUUAAAGUUUCCCAGACAGCCUGAGCCUUGUCUCCUGCUAAGAAACGUGUUCAAUGGAGUCUCCCGUGAACAUGCUCUUUAGUCUAGGUGCUUUUUUCAAUCAGUAUUGCUGAAGUUCAGUUCUAUAGCAAGCUUGACACUUUUCCUUUUUUUUCUCUCUCCCAUUUCUCGGAAAACGUCUCCCAGUGUCUUGGUAUGCAAUUUGUAUUUAAUCAGAAUACAAUGCAGACCUUCAGCACUAUGGAUUGAAUCAAACCCUUGUACUAAGCUUACAGUGUUUCCUGGAAACAAGUACAGAGUGAAUGAUUGGAAGGGAACUGCCAACCUCUGUUGAAUGGAGCUGUCACAUAUGAGAAUGACAUGAACUAAUUCAUAUUCUCCACAAACAUCUAAGAUAAAUGACAUUGCCACAUGCAGUAUAUGGAUGGCAUCAUUGUAAGCUGUUAUGAAAUGCUUAAUAAAUCUAGACAGGUAUGAACAA